AUGCAGCCAUACGUCUACUUCUGCCCGCCUCCAGGCAACCCCUGCGCAUCCGCCGCCGCAGAUGCCGCUUCGUGGAACCAGCACUUUUCUCAGAUGCCGCCGCCGCCGCCUCCGCUGGCACCGCUGGUUCCGCUGGCUCCGAGCUCCCCGCCCCGCGCGGACGCUCCGAAAGUGCAGCAGCCCUUUGCGGGGAAACCCGCGCUUCCCUCCGCAGCAGUCGGCGGAAGUUCCGGUUUCCGCCCGUGGAAGCAGCUCAAGGAUCCUCGUGAGACCGCUUCCGCCGAUUCCUCCCCCGUGCAUCCGGGCCCCGCUUGCGCCUCGGCGGAGUCAUGCCACGUCAGCAGCCCGUAUCUCACGCCCUUCUCCGCGCCGCUUCCGCAAGCCGCGCAAGGUCUGGGUUUGGCGCACCUCCCUGCGCGGCCGUCCCCCCUCCCCAUGUGUGGCGUCCCGCAGACAAUUGCGCCCGGCAUGGCUGCGCGGAUGAUCUCCGGAGCGGGCUUCGGCGGAGCCGCAUGCGCGCAGUUCCCCCCGUUCGGGUGGCCUUUCCCCGGGUAUGGGGAAGUGGCGGCGAGUAUGAGGCCGAGCUCUCUUAUGGCGUUAGAAGGGCAUGCGUGUAUCGGGGAUAAGAGACGGCUGGGAGACGGGAAGGCGGAUGCCGGGGACGAAGACACCCACGCGCGGAAGCGGCGCAGGCGGAGGGGGUGCGCGGAGCACACAGUAAGCGGAGAGGGCGCGGAGGUUGCGGGGGUCCACAGCGCCCAUCACGAUAGGGGAAGCGGGGGGGAAUCGGGAGAGGGCGCGGAAAGGGGGGCGCAUGGGAAAGGGGAUGGGGGAGAGGAGAAGGAGUGCAGUAACUGCGGCACGCACACGACGCCGUUCUGGCGGAAGGACAGGGCGGGCGGAGGGCAGCACCUGUGCAACGCGUGUGGGCUGUACCUCGCUAAGAACGACGCCCCGAGGCCCGCUAUACUGUGGAAACGAGAUGCACAUGGGUCUCAUGACACGGCAUCACAUGACUCUCCACUCCGGUCCGCCCCCUCCCCUGUCACUCACCCAUCCUUGGGGUUUCAACCCCCUCCUCUCUCACUGACCACCCUUGCACUUUCAGUGAGCCCUUUCCUCUCACCCACUCACCAUUGGGGUUUCAUCCCCGUUCCCUCUUACUCACCCACCAUUGGGGUUUCAUCCCCGUUCCCUCUCACUCACCCACCAUUGGGGUUUCAUCCCCGUUCCCUCUUACUCACCCACCAUUGGGGUUUCAUCCCCGUUCCCUCUCACUCACCCACCAUUGGGGUUUCAUCCCCGUUCCCUCUCACUCACCCACCAUUGGGGUUUCAUCCCCGUUCCCUCUUACUCACCCACCAUUGGGGUUUCAUCCCCGUUCCCUCUUACUCACCCACCAUUGGGGUUUCAUCCCCGUUCCCUCUUACUCACCCACCAUUGGGGUUUCAUCCCCGUUCCCUCUUACUCACCCACCAUUGGGGUUUCAUCCCCGUUCCCUCUUACUCACCCACCAUUGGGGUUUCAUCCCCGUUCCCUCUUACUCACCCACCAUUGGGGUUUCAUCCCCGUUCCCUCUUACUCACCCACCAUUGGGGUUUCAUCCCCGUUCCCUCUUACUCACCCACCAUUGGGGUUUCAUCCCCGUUCCCUCUUACUCACCCACCAUUGGGGUUUCAUCCCCGUUCCCUCUUACUCACCCACCAUUGGGGUUUCAUCCCCGUUCCCUCUCACUCACCCACCAUUGGGUUUUCAUCCCCGCUCCCUCUCACUCAAUCACCAUUGGGGUUUCAUCCCCGUUCCCUCUCACUCACCCACCAUUGGGUUUUCAUCCCCGCUCCCUCUCACUCACUCACCAUUGGGGUUUCAUCCCCGUUCCCUCUCACUCACCCACCAUUGGGUUUUCAUCCCCGCUCCCUCUCACUCACCCACCAUUGGGGUUUCAUCCCCGUUCCCUCUUACUCACCCACCAUUGGGGUUUCAUCCCCGUUCCCUCUUACCCACCAUUGGGGCACCAUGGGGUUUCAGCCCCCAACUCCCCAUUCCCUUCCACUCAACCCACAACGGAUUUUCAAACCCCCCUCUCUUCCACUCAACCACCAACGGGGUUUCACACCCCCCUCUCUUCCACUCAACCACCAACGGGGUUUCACACCCCCCUCCCUUCCACUCAACCACCAACGGGGUUUCACACCCCCCUCCCUUCCACUCAACCACAAACGGGGUUUCACACCCCCCUCUCUUCCACUCAACCACCAACGGGUUUCACACCCCCCUCCCUUCCACUCAACCACCAACGGGGUUUCACACCCCCCUCCCUUCCACUCAACCACAAACGGGGUUUCACACCCCCCUCUCUUCCACUCAACCACCAACGGGGUUUCACACCCCCCUCUCUUCCACUCAACCACCAACGGGGUUUCACAUCCCCCUCCCUUCCACUCAACCACCAACGGGGUUUCACACCCCCCUCCCUUCCACUCAACCACCAACGGGGUUUCACACCCCCCUCCCUUCCACUCAACCACCAACGGGGUUUCACACCCCCCUCCCUUCCACUCAACCACCAACGGGGUUUCAAACCCCCCUCCCUUCCACUCAACCACCAACGGGGUUUCAAACCCCCCUCCCUUCCACUCAACCACCAACGGGGUUUCACACUCCCCUCCCUUCCACUCAACCACCAACGGGGUUUCACACCCCCCUCCCUUCCACUCAACCACCAACGGGGUUUCACACCCCCCUCCCUUCCACUCAACCACAAACGGGGUUUCACACCCCCCUCUCUUCCACUCAACCACCAACGGGUUUCACACCCCCCUCCCUUCCACUCAACCACCAACGGGGUUUCACACCCCCCUCCCUUCCACUCAACCACAAACGGGGUUUCACACCCCCCUCUCUUCCACUCAACCACCAACGGGGUUUCACACCCCCCUCUCUUCCACUCAACCACCAACGGGGUUUCACAUCCCCCUCCCUUCCACUCAACCACCAACGGGGUUUCACACCCCCCUCCCUUCCACUCAACCACCAACGGGGUUUCACACCCCCCUCCCUUCCACUCAACCACCAACGGGGUUUCACACCCCCCUCCCUUCCACUCAACCACCAACGGGGUUUCAAACCCCCCUCCCUUCCACUCAACCACCAACGGGGUUUCAAACCCCCCUCCCUUCCACUCAACCACCAACGGGGUUUCACACUCCCCUCCCUUCCACUCAACCACCAACGGGGUUUCACACCCCCCUCCCUUCCACUCAACCACCAACGGGGUUUCAAACCCCCCUCUCUUCCACUCAACCACCAACGGGGUUUCACACUCCCCUCCCUUCCACUCAACCACCAACGGGGUUUCACACCCCCCUCCCUUCCACUCAACCACCAACGAGGUUUCACACCCCCCUCCCUUCCACUCAACCACCAACGGGGUUUCACACCCCCCUCCCUUCCACUCAACCACCAACGGGGUUUCACACCCCCCUCCCUUCCACUCAACCACCAACGGGGUUUCACACCCCCCUCCCUUCCACUCAACCACCAACGGGGUUUCACACCCCCCUCCCUUCCACUCAACCACCAACGGGGUUUCACACCCCUCUCCCUUCCACUCAACCACCAACGGGGUUUCAAACCCCCCUCUCUUCCACUCAACCACCAACGGGGUUUCACACUCCCCUCCCUUCCACUCAACCACCAACGGGGUUUCACACCCCCCUCCCUUCCACUCAACCACCAACGGGGUUUCACACCCCCCUCCCUUCCACUCAACCACCAACGGGGUUUCACACCCCCCUCCCUUCCACUCAACCACCAACGGGGUUUCACACCCCCCUCCCUUCCACUCAACCACCAACGGGGUUUCACACCCCCCUCCCUUCCACUCAACCACCAACGGGGUUUCAAACCCCCUCCAAUCACCCACCCUCCGGGCGCCCUUCCCGCUCACUCACCCACCCAAAGGCCCCUUUCGUUUCUACUCACCCACCCACCCAAGGGGACUCAGCCCCUUACGUUUCUACUCACCCACCCACCCAAGGGGACUCAGCCCCUUUCGUUUCUACUCACCCACCCACCCAAGGGGACUCAGCCCCUUUCGUUUCUACUCACCCACGCACCCAAGGGGACUCAGCCCCUUUCGUUUCUACUCACCCACCCACCCAAGGGGACUCAGCCCCUUACGUUUCUACUCACCCACCCACCCAAGGGGACUCAGCCCCUUUCGUUUCUACUCACCCACCCACCCAAGGGGACUCAGCCCCUUUCGUUUCUACUCACCCACGCACCCAAGGGGACUCAGCCCCUUUCGUUUCUACUCACCCACCCACCCAAGGGGACUCAGCCCCUUACGUUUCUACUCACCCACCCACCCAAGGGGACUCAGCCCCUUUCGUUUCUACUCACCCACCCACCCAAGGGGACUCAGCCCCUUACGUUUCUACUCACCCACCCACCCAAGGGGACUCAGCCCCUUUCGUUUCUACUCACCCACCCACCCAAGGGGACUCAGCCCCUUUCGUUUCUACUCACCCACGCACCCAAGGGGACUCAGCCCCUUUCGUUUCUACUCACCCACCCACCCAAGGGGACUCAGCCCCUUUCGCCCCUUUCCCUUCCACUCACCCACCCAAAGGGGUUUCAGGCCCCUUUCCCUUCCACUGA